UAUUAAGUAACACCCAUUUAACAAUGUAGAUGGGACUUUUUUUAUCAAUUUCUGCCUGAAUUGUUAACAAUUAGCAUUUGCAAUGUAAGUACAUCUUAAAGAAUGGCUUUAACGUUCUUUGUUUAUUCUGCAAGGGAGUCAUCUAAAUCAGAUCGUGAUAUUUUUACUGUAUGGUAUAGGUUUUUUAAAAGCAUGACACGACCAAUAACAACAAAGAUGGCCGUGUCUGCAGAUGAACAUCUAAACUAUUUUCAUGCUUCUAAGUAAUUAAAUGGGAGUGUCACUGAAGUACCAGUUUUGGGAUUAAAUAAAAGAUGUAUUAAACGUGAAGUGGAAAUACUUCUUGGCACAAGACGGAUUAAGCAAACAACCCACUGACUAUUGAAAUAUUCCGAAAAGUCUCGCAACAGCAGCAGAAAAACAUAAAAGCAGUGCAACUAUGUUGUUACUAGGAUUACUCGAAGUUCCCACGUGGUUGGUGUUCAUCUUGUUUCUAGUGUUAGUGUACUACCUGUACACAGCCAGGAAACACAGUCUGUUCCGACGAUACGGAAUUCCCGCCAUACAACCGAGUCCUUUUAUUGGCGGUUUCCCGUAUCUUGCGAAAAGAGGCAUUAUGGGAAGUGAAUAUGAUGCUACUAUGAAAUAUGGAAAAGUUGUUGGCUUUUUCAUUGGCAAUAUGCCAACAAUAUUCCUAACUGAGCCAGAUCUCAUUCGAGAACUGUAUGUUAAACAAUUUAACAAUCAUCCAAAUCGUUCAAAAGCUGCCCAUAUUACAAAGUUCUGGCAACAAACUAUUUUACAAACAACAGAUUACAACAACUGGAGAUUUCUGCGAUCCACAUUAACUCCUGCAUUCACGAGCGGAAAACUUCGUAAAAUGGACAAAAUUGUUGGUGAAUGUGUCGACAGAACAAUUAAUCAACUCAAAGCAAAGGUAACAAAAUCAGAAAACGUAACAGACAUGAUACCUGUUUUCCAGGGUAUCACACUGGAUGUAAUAUGCCAGUCAGCAAUGGGAGUCAAGCUCGACACGGAAAGUGAAGCUAACAAUGAACUGAGGAAACAAAUAUCGAAUUUACUAAACUUCAGCCUAGAGAAGAAUCCAUAUUUACUGAUUUUGUUUUUUAUACCUGACAUGAAGAAAGUGAUGGAAUUAUUUGACAUAGAUUUCAAUGAUUCAAAAGCAGUUGCAUACAUUAAGAAAUGUGUUGAUGCUAUUGUAAAAGAACGAAAAGAAGACAAAAAUUCUGAGGACAUUCAGGACCUCCUUCAGCUAAUGAUUAAUACAAAUAUGGAAGAUAAAGCACUAAAUGAAAAAUCACAAACUGAAAAAGUACUUGGUGAAACCCAUGGUGAAGAUGAUGAUAUGAAACACGCAAAAUUGGAAAAACCUCAUAGAGGAAUGACUGACGAUGAAAUAGCAGCUAAUGCGAUAAUGUUCUUGUUUGCAGGAUACGAUACAACAUCAACAGCUAUGAUUUUCACUUCAUACUUCCUGGCAACACAACCGGAAUGCCAGGAAAAAAUUGUGCAAGAGAUUGCCAACAACAUUGGUAACUCUGAGCCAGAAUAUGACAACAUCCAAUCACUGACCUAUCUGGACAUGUUUAUCUCUGAAUCUAUGCGUCUUUAUCCGCCAGUUACCAGAAUCAAUCGUAACAAUGACUUUGACUGUAAAGUUGGAGAGUAUACAUUUCCAGGUGGAAUUUCAAUCACAACACCUGUAUUCACUCUCCAUCGACUCCCAGAAUUCUGGCCGGAACCAGAAAAGUUUGACCCGGAGAGAUUCUCUGCAGAGAAUAAGUCUAAAAUACUUCCUUAUACUUAUCUGCCCUUUGGUGCCGGACCAAGAAAUUGCGUUGGGAUGAGAUUUGCCAAUAUGGAGUUAAAAAUGACAAUGGUGAAAUUGUUGCAGAAUUUCAGAAUAAAACCUUCACCUGGGCUACAGAUACCACCUAAACUGGAGAAGCAUGUGUUUUGUAGACCAGUUGGUGGCAUGAGACUCAUUCUUGAGAAAAGAAAGUGAACUUUAUUCUUUACAUUGAUUGUAAAAAUGUACAUGUACAUGUAUAAUGUAUUUUAAUUAUUAAAGUUAUAUAUAUGUCAGAAAUUGUAAAUCAUUACCAUUUUGCUAGUGUAUAUAUACUGUCAAAUCAUUUUACCUUCAUGUCCAUGAAAUUUCAUGGUUUUUGCCAAAUGGCUAUUUUGUUGGGAUUUAAAUUCGUAAAAAGUGUACUCUCAUUCAAUUAUAUAGAAUCAGAGGUGAAAAUGACUGGUAGAAUUUCUCACUAUAUAAAUUUUGAAAGCAUUUCAUUACAAACAUUAAAUUUUGAUUUUAAUAUAAUAUAAUAUAAUUUUACCAAAUUUCGAAUUUCUGCCAUGUGAAAAUUUUCCAACUAUAGUAUUUUGUAAAACUGGCACCAUUACUUUAUCAAGUGCAACUGUAUCUUCAAUUAUUUUCUUCACAUUGUACAAGCUUUAAGAGUGCAAAAUCACUCUGAUCAUGGCAUUUAAAGACCUUAACAUGUAGAAAUUUUGACCAGAAUGUUUUAAAUGUUCAAAGUGCUAACUGUAUAAUAUUUUGAAACUGAAACAUUGUAUCUUACUUUUAACAUGUUUAGAAAAUUACAAGAAUAGUGCUAAAGGUGCAAGGAUACUACUAAAAGUCUAUUACAUGUAAUUAAAUGAAGCAUCAACUAUCUAUUAAUAACCGAUGAAAAGACUUUUAAGUUUUAAGUUUUAUACUCAGUACUUAUGUAAUUCUUACAUUUUAGAUGUAUUUAUAACCUUUAGUGAAUUACAAUUCAUAUGAACAUAAUACUUACCAGGAAGCAAAGUUUUCAAAAUUUUAUCAUAACUAUAGGACAUUAACAACAUCUUAUCUGAUUGUAUCAGGGUUGUUGAUAUUUUAGUGAUGUUCUGGGUGAAUGCUGUUGGGUGAACAUUCAAAAUUUAAAAGGAUAUGUUCCAUUUUACAUAUAUAUGAAACUAUAAACUUCUCAUAUUCAUUCAUUAUCAAUGGAUACACUCUGAUUUCACCAAACGUAUUCUAACAUCACAAAAGAAGGUCUUUCAUCAUUCUUAAAUUGGUAUUUUAACUUAGAUCCACUAGCAUGUUAUAUAUCGAGGGCUGAACACAAUACUGUAGUAACUCCUAUUAAAUAAAGAAGGACUUAUGACAGUAAUGCGUUCAACCCUCGAAAAUUAUGCAUAAAACCGUCUAGACAUGAGGCUGAUGGAUAGAAUGAAUGUAAACUAGUUACCCUAUUCAAUAGUCCAAAUAAUAGGACAUCACCAGCUCACAUUAGUUACAUGCCUUUAAUAUGGUUAGAAUGAAUCUAUAGGACACAGAUGCCUUCACUAUGUGAUUUUAGGACAUAUGACUAUUAGGAUUGUGAAUCCAUUGAGUAAUGGCAUUUUGACAUUAGAACAUGUAUACUGAAGUCAAGAAAAAUACAACUUAACAUAUUUAUUUCACCUUUAAAUGAUUAAUUAUUACAAACUUUUGUUAAGGUGAAAGUUGGUACAAAGUUAUUUGAAAUAUCUUUCUAUGCACAUAAAAGUUAAAGACCAGACAGAUUUGACUUUUAAGUGUGAUUUUGACCUCUGAUAUUUGGAGCCUAAGUCUUGCACUUGACAUAUACUAUUAUGGUGAAUAUUUGUGCUAAAUUAUUUGAAUAUCCAUCUAAGUGUACAAAAAUAAAAAAGGUUACUGACCAAACAAGAAAAAUUAAGUAAAAUAUUUGACCUCUAACUAGGGGUCUAGGUCUAACACUCAAUAGAACUAGUAAUGGUGAAUGUUUUUGGCCACGUUACAUGCAUAUUCGUCCGUUCAUAGGAAAGUUAUAAAUCUAAAAAUCUUUGACUUCUUAGAGUGACCUUGACCGUUAGCUUGUGGUCUGCCAGUUGGUCUUGAAUUACUUGAAUAUCCAUGCAUUCAUACAAACAUUAUAGAAUAAAAUGAUGUAAACAUUUUUACUUCUGACAGUGACCUUGACCUUUAAGGUAUGGGUCUUAAAUGGGACAAGUUGUCUUGUUGUGGUGAAUGUUAGUGCCAAGUAUUCUGAAUAUCCAAGCACAGUCAAGAAGGUUAAUCCAACAAGUAAUUUUAAGAUUACUGCUUUAUAUAAUGUUCAAUCUGAGGUUCUAAUAAUAA